AUCCAUCCAACCGUCCACUCAUCUGUCCGUCCAUCCAUCCGUCCGUUCACCCGUCACCAUGAGCUUGUCCCGCAGCACCACUUUCUCCACCUCGUCCCGCACCGGGAGCAUCCGUCGCCUCACUCCUCAUAGCAGCGCUGCCAGCGUCUACGCCGGGGCCGGGGCGGGGUCACGCAUCUCCAUCACCCGCACCGCCAGCACCUAUGGCGGUGGCUAUGGGGGCGGCUAUGGGGCAAGCUACGGGGCUGGCUAUGGGGCAGGUUAUGGGGGCGGUUUGCUGCUGUCUGGGUCUGGGGUGGUGCAGAACGAGAAGGAGACGAUGCAGGAUCUGAACGAGCGCUUGGCCACGUAUCUGGAGAAGGUGCGUAGCUUGGAGAACAACAACCGGCGCCUGGAGGCACAGAUCCGGGAGAGCCUGGCCAAGAGGGGACCCAGCACCCGUGACUGGGGGAACUACUGGGACACCAUCCAGCAGCUGCGUGACAAGGUGAGGGGUAUGGCGGGGGAUGGGGUUGGGGUAGGGAUGGGAAUGGGAUGCGGAGGGUUUGGGGGAUGGGGUGGGAUGGGGAUGGGGUGGGAUAACAGACCAGAGCCGGUGCCAUGCAGGUACGAGGCAGAGCUGGCCAUCCGCACGUCGGUGGAGAGCGACAUUGCAGGGCUGCGCAAGGUGCUGGAUGACACCAACAUGGCACGGCUGCAGCUGGAGGGGGAGAUCGAGGCACUACGUGAGGAGCUCAUCUUCAUGAAGAAGAACCACGAGGAGGAGGUGAAUGCACUGCAGGGCCAGGCGGCCUCCGCGGGGCUGACGGUGGAGGUGGAUGCACCACAGGCGCAGGACCUGGGCCAAGCACUGGCAGAGCUGCGGGCACAAUACGACGUGUUGGCCAAGAAGAACUUGGAGGAGCUGGAGAAGCAGUGGGGGCAACAGAUCACAGAGACCACGCUGGAGGUGACACAGAGCACAAAGGAGGUGGACACAGCACGGAGCCGAUUGCUGGAGCUGCGCCGCUCAGUGCAGAGUCUGGAGAUCGACCUGGAUGCUCUGCGCAGCCAGAACGCGGGGCUGGAGGGCAGCCUGGCUGAGACGGAGGCGCGAUACGGGGCGCAGCUGGAGCAGCUGCAGGGCCUGAUCCUGCGCGGGGAGGAGGAGCUGGCGCAGGCACGGGCAGAACUGCAGCGUCAGAACCGGGAGUACUGCGCACUGCAGGACGCCAAGAGCAAGCUGGAGGCUGAGAUUGCCACGUACCGUGCGCUGCUCGAGGGAGGAGAGGGGUUCAGUCUGCAGGAUGCUCUGGGGACAGAGGGGACGGUCACUACGCAGCGCAGCACCCAGAGGAUGGUGGAUGGCAAAGUGGUGUCUGAGAGCAAAGAGGUCAAAGUGCGUAGCUACUGAGAGGGGACGGCGAGGUGCCACCCCCUGCCCCACAAAUAAAGGAGCAAAGUGACAAAGA